ACAAGGUGUCUCAUCUGAAAAGAAACCUGAGCCCCAGGGAGGCGGCGCAGAGCGACCCGGGCAGGGCUGGCGCGAACGAAGCGGGAGGGCGCCGGGCAGGGCUCGAGGACCAGAGGGAGCUCGGCCGGAGAGGACCCCAGCGACCUGAUCCUGCCAUCCCGGCUCUACGCUCUUCUCGCAUUUUACAGAUUUCCCCCCCACGACCAUUGCCUCAAAACGGAGCCUUUACAUCAAGAGAAGGUGCGGGAACUGGGGCAACCAGGACUUUCCCGGGCACCCAAGAUGCGCUCCAUUAGGAAGAGGUGGACGAUCUGCACAAUAAGUCUGCUCCUGAUCUUUUAUAAGACAAAAGAAAUAGCAAGAACUGAGGAGCACCAGGAGACGCAACUCAUCGGAGACGGCGAAUUGUGUUUGAGUCGAUCACUUGUCAAUAGUUCUGAUAAAAUCGUUCGAAAGGCUGGCUCUUCAAUCUUCCAGCAUAAUGUAGAAGGUUGGAAAAUUAAUUCCUCUUUGGUCCUGGAGAUAAGGAAGAACAUACUUCGUUUCUUAGAUGCAGAAAGAGAUGUCUCGGUGGUCAAGAGCAGUUUUAAGCCUGGUGAUGUCAUACACUAUGUGCUCGACAGGCGCCGGACACUAAAUAUUUCUCAUGAUCUACACAGCCUCCUACCUGAAGUUUCACCAAUGAAAAAUCGCAGGUUUAAGACCUGUGCAGUUGUUGGAAAUUCUGGCAUUCUUCUAGAUAGUGAAUGUGGAAAAGAGAUUGACAGUCACAAUUUUGUAAUAAGGUGUAAUCUAGCUCCUGUGGUGGAGUUUGCUGCAGAUGUGGGAACUAAAUCAGAUUUUAUUACCAUGAAUCCAUCGGUUGUACAAAGAGCAUUUGGAGGUUUUCGAAAUGAGAGUGACAGAGAAAAAUUUGUGCACAGACUUUCCAUGCUGAAUGACAGUGUCCUUUGGAUUCCUGCUUUCAUGGUCAAAGGAGGAGAGAAGCACGUGGAGUGGGUUAAUGCGUUAAUCCUUAAGAAUAAACUGAAAGUGCGAACUGCCUAUCCAUCAUUGAGACUUAUUCAUGCUGUCAGAGGUUACUGGCUGACAAACAAAGUUCCCAUCAAAAGACCCAGCACAGGUCUCCUUAUGUAUACACUUGCCACAAGAUUCUGUGAUGAAAUUCACCUGUAUGGAUUCUGGCCGUUCCCUAAGGAUUUGAAUGGAAAAGCUGUCAAAUAUCAUUACUAUGAUGACUUAAAAUAUAGGUACUUUUCCAAUGCAAGUCCUCACAGGAUGCCAUUAGAAUUCAAAACAUUAAAUGUGCUACAUAAUAGAGGAGCUCUAAAACUGACAACAGGAAAAUGUGUAAAGCAAUAAAGCACAUUUUAAAACAUACAAACUGAAUAUGCACUUCUUUUCUGAAGAUGCUUCUGAAGAUUGGAAAAUAGGAUCCAAAACAUGGCUGGGUUUCGACAUCCACCAAUUAACUGAAAGGUGAUAAAGGACGUUCAUGACAAAUCCACUACCAGCUGAUGAAAUACCUGCAAAGUGCUCUAAAAAUUAAAUAUUUUGACUUCAAGGGUCCUAGUAAGUGCCACUUCCACUAAGAAUACAGUUUGAAUGUAUAAUCAGUAGUGUUUACAAGAUCCAACAAUGCGCUCAUCAUUGGUUAGCAAAGCAAAUCUGUUCAUCACUGUCGGGCUGCCACUGCAAAGCCAAGCACAUUAGAAGAGGAACCCCAGGAACACAACUCAGCCCUCGGGAAGUUACACCAUCCUCAUCAGCAGGAAUCAAGAUGGAAACAGUUUGAGCAGUGAAAUUUAUAAGAUUAAGCAACUCGAGUAAAUGCCUUCAGUCAGGACUCUGAGUCUGAUCAUGAAUUCUGUGUUUUUGUUUAUGUUUUUGUUUGUCUUCUGGAAUCUCUUUGGUUUGGGUAUUGGGGUGCUUAGAAAUGCUUUCUGAGAUACAUAGGAAUGAGAAAA